CACACCAGAACUCCAUCUUGUAUUUUCAGACCCUUCAGUUAUCAACUUCUUUAGGGUUGUACUCCAGCUGAUAUAUAUGGAUGCUUCUGCUCUUCAAGCAUCAUAACCCCACUAGCUUUGACUCUUUGUUUUUUUUCUCUUUCUCUUUCCAAUCAGGAGGUGGACCCAAGCUGUGAAAUUUCAGUGGGGCUUUAUUUGCAUGAACUGAGCUCCCUUUGAGGGUUUCUGAUAAAAGCUACUUCUAUUCUUAGAAAUGGACAAAGAUGGGAACUACUCGGGUAAUUUCCAAGGAGCAGACUACUCUAUCGACCAUCACCACCAGCUCAUGAAGCCAAGGAUUAACGAAGAAACAUACGUCGAUACCAGCAACCAAAUAGCAGACUACACCUCGCUUACGAGUCAACCGCGAAGCUCAACUUCUCCCGAUAAGUUGAGCUUCGCGGAUGUGAUGCAGUUUGCAGAUUUCGGGCCCAGGUUGGGCCUAAUCAAUCAAACCAAGAUACCCGAGGAAGGACAAGAGGAAGAAGUAGAAACUGGGAUCGACCCGGUUUAUUUCUUGAGGUUUCCGGUUCUGAAUGAAGACAGGUAUAAAGGGUUGGGCGAAGAACGAGGAGGCGAGGAGAGAGGAGACGGAGAGGGCAGGGGUAAUUCGGAAAACAACAAUAACGCCACGUCGGAGGGGCUUGGGAUUGUUGGGGGGAAUUUUGAGAAGAAUUUGGCAGCAGAUGAUCAUGGAGUGAGUAAUAAGAACAAGAGGAAGAGAGCAAGAAGUGUGAAGACAAGUGAGGAAGUGGAGAGCCAAAGGAUGACUCAUAUUGCUGUGGAGAGGAAUAGGAGGAAGCAAAUGAAUGAGCAUCUUAGGGUUUUGAGGUCUCUCAUGCCUGGCUCUUACGUCCAGAGGGGAGAUCAAGCAUCCAUCAUUGGAGGAGCUAUUGAGUUUGUAAGAGAGCUAGAGCAACUCCUGCAAUGCCUCGAAUCCCAGAAGCGGCGGAGGCUCUACGGAGAUCCGCCGCCGCCGCCUCGGCCAAUGGGAGACUCCUCCACCUCCUCCCUUGCAAAUAUCCCGCAACCAUCUCAACCCCCGCCGCCAUUCUUUCCUCCUCCGGUGGUGCCGUCGUUGCUCCCAAAUGGUCAUGAUAAUCAGCUUAAACUUGUGGAGUUUGAUCCCACGGCCGGACUCCGGGAGGAGACGGCAGAGAGCAAGUCGGUCCUGGCCGAUGUCGAAGUGAAGAUGUUAGGGUUUGAUGCCAUGAUAAAGAUCUUGUCAAGAAGAAGGCCAGGGCAACUCAUUAAGACCAUUGCUGCAUUGGAGGAUUUGCAGCUUAUUAUCCUCCACACCAAUAUCACCACUAUUGAACAAACUGUGCUCUACUCUUUCAAUGUCAAGGUUACAAGUGAAGCGCGAUUCUCGGCGGAUGAUAUAGCGAGUUCAGUUCAACAGAUAUUUAGUUUUAUCCAUGCAAACAACACCAUGUGAUAAAAUGAUCAUCUCCAGUUUUUCAUGAACUUUGGCGGGACCAAAUACAACUUUGUUAGUAUUUUCUUUUAGUUUCCUCUGUAAUGCAUGGGAUCGAUCUUCUCUCCCUAUAAUUUUCAGUCCUUUUAAGUUCCAUAUGUUGAUAGUCACAUCAUGGCCGUUUAAAUCUGAACUGUAUAACGCGUAAGAUUUUUCUCAAGUGGGCUUACCUAGGGCUCAGUA